AUGCGCUCGGAAACACAGAAGAACCGGAGCCACUACACGGGCGGCCCCGUGUCGAGGGCCCUCUUUGGUAGCCACGCCGUGGAUCUUUCAACCGACAACAGCCAAACUGGUUCUCGGCCCGACACCCGGAGUGAGAGCCACGACGACGGCAAUGCACGCUGGAACCUGCACGGUGGUGCUGAUGCACACGGGAAGGACCACGCCGAGAGAGAUGCUGGCACCGAUGUGAGUCCACCACCUCGGCUGCCUCUCAACUUCGCCUUAGGCGGCUUCGACACCGGCGCUGGGCUGCGGGGCGGUUAUGCGGCGCGCGUGUACGAGGAAUCUGACGACAACGCGGAUGACGAGGACACUGAUGAGGGAGGUGAUGACUGUGAGCGCGCAAACGACGAGGAGGAGCUGGGCGAGUGCAGCCCCGCUGGAAAUGGCGCGGCUGCACCAGGGAUGUUCUCUCAAGGCGCUUGUGCGCGGCACUUAGACGUUGAGGCGAGAAAGGCUGCACCAACUGCUGGUGCACAGCCGGUUGAUAGACUUGGCUUUCACACUGCGAAGCGGGCUGAGCCCAAUGUGCCGGGGCAGCACAGUAUCGGCGCUGCGAUGUAUGCUGCUGCGAUGUCUUCAUCAGCCACCGAGGCUGCACCGGCGGCGGCAAAUACGUUCCGGCGUGCGACGCCGGUGGCUCGCGCUGCCUACAGUGUGGGGUACGACCACGCCGUUGGCGAGUCGCCUGCGAAUUCGCUCCGUGCGUCACCACUGCGUAAUGAUGGUGCCGCUGUAUCGGCGGCAGCCACGAAGGAGGCCGGCGUGCUUGAGCGAGCCUCGCCAAAACUUACCACCACAGAUACCCUCGGCAUUGCAACACGGGGCGGCCCCGGCACGACUGUGGCGUCGCAGUCGUUCGGCUACAGCAUGGGGGACGCAAAACCAGUGCCUUCCCCUGAUGUUCGAUACGUGCCAGCAGUGUCGGUUGCUCAUUCUGCAGCCGGCAGUAGAACGGCCUAUAACCGCAAUUUAGGCACCUACAGUGCCUUCAUUUCCGCCACACAGGCCUCCGAGGUCUCGCCAGUGCAUGGGAAGACAAGCAGCCUGAAAGAGUCGAUGCAGGGGGCUCUCGCUCACGGGCACUCAUCGACGACGUCGUCGCCGCUCUCGCCACAGCGCCCCACAGUUGGAGCGACGGACGACAUGCAUGCCCACCGGUGCAGUGACCACGCUUCGGCAACGGGCUUCGAUCACACACUCAUGUCACCGGUGCUGGUGCUGGACGAGGGCGCCAAUGCACAGAACAGCGGCGACGAACCCUGCCUCCGAGACGCGGAAAGGGUAGGGCUGCCUGUGCCGACGGAGCCGACGAUGGCGGCUAUCGCCGUUCACGCCGUGCCUCCGGCGACGAUGGGCAGCGCACUUGUCAUUCCAGGCGAGCCAAAGCCGCGGCUUUCCUCUGGUCGCCGCCGGUCCGCGGAGAACUCGCGGGCGAACCGAAGAGCUUCUGCAAGCGCAGCGGAUGUCGCGAAGCCUGCCUGCGAGCAGGAGGGCCAUGUGCGGUCGCCUUCUAACACGGCAGCAUCAACGGUUCGGGAAAGCUUAUCCCCAGCGGUGGCCCCUCUCCCAACGAGGCAGCAUCCCUUGGAGUCGGUCCGUAUCGGAGAGACGACAGAAGAAGCGGCCGACGCAGUGAACAGCUCUGCUGCUUCAGAACGCGUAGAAAGACAUAGCACGGCCGCGAAGUCCGAUGCGGCGCCAGUGCGUGCACCGACCAUGGCCCUCAGCAUCUCUGUCACGAACGUGUUCAACUACUCGGAGGCAGAAAGGAUGUGGCUUUCAUGUGACCGGCCGAGCACACUCCCGGCAUGUUCGACUCCGAGGUCGACGCUUGUGAAUGGUCGCAAGGUACCGCCGGCGACGGCAGGAGCUUCGGACAAGGCGUCGCUGCCUCCGUCUGCUUCGGCCCUGAAGGUGUCGCUCUACUGUCGUCCGUUGCUGGUCCAACUGCCGAGCCCUUCGCUGCACGCAUCUCUUCUCUGUGCCGCUGGUGACAGUGCCCUCGUGAGAGUGACUCUCGCCGUGCUCUACUACGCGCCGCGUGUCCUGGUGACGAGUCUGCUACGGGCACUUAUUUGCUCCGCAGUGGUGUUCUUUGUGCUGACUGCAGGACUGGUCGCGAUGGAUGCUGCAUGGAGUCAGUGGCCAAUUCUGAGUGUCUACACAGCAGAGGUCAAAGGCAACGCUGCGAUGAUGAUUCUGUCGACCCGCGAAUGGCUCGCCUCCCUGGGCAUUGCCAGCGAAUGA